AUGAUUUGUGCUACAUCACGUGGACGUGUGAAUGCACUACAUAUUAUGUUCAUCAAACCUACCGCGCGUUAUCUGGUCAGUUUAUUAGCUAUGGAUUGCUUAGAAAUUGCUUUUAAUAAUGUUCAUGCUUUUAAAGCGUUGACUGCAUGGAUGUGCGUUUUCACAAAAGAUAGUGUGUUUAUGAACGUUAAUAGAAAAGAAAUCAAAUUACUUUACGAGGAAGCUAACCGAGGAAUAGUUUUGGGAACUUUGAAAUUUUAUAAUAAUGCUCAACAAACUUAUGAAUCAAUUGAAUCCAUAAAAGUAAAUCGCGCCCAUUCAAACAAUGACUUCACAUUUGAACUUAACAUUGAUAGUUUAAAGGAAGCGCUAGAUUGUAUGGCAGAUGAUAAAAAGAUCAUCAAGAUGGAACUUAAAGACCAUGAAGAUGGAUUUCACAUCCUUUACUUUACAGGAUAUGCAACUGAAUACUUUGAUCGAUCCAUAUCAAAAUUUUUCGUGAAUUUGCAUAAUAAUCUACCACAACUUCCAUCAAUGAACCGGUUGAUGAUGAAAUUUGAACAAAAUGAUUUAGAUAGCCUUCAAAAUAUUGCCAAAUUAUUGUCAGAAGUUAAAGAUAAUUUGAUGGUAAAAGUUCAAUAUGCCACCUAUUAUAAUAUUUUCCAAAUUAGAUAUUCUCAAUCUACGGGAAGUAACGUACGUCAUAAAAUUAAACAUAGAAGUGAAAAUCAAGACGAUGACAUUUGCAAAGUUACAAAGGUCAAACCACCAUUAUUGGCUAAAUUUUUUAAACUUGGGUCAUUAAAUCAACUCUCGUGCUGUAUUAAAAAUGAUGGAUCCCUUCUGCUCGAAGCCGAAAAUUAUCCAGAAGAAAAUGCGGUAAUAAAGGUUCAUUUGAAGGGUUUAUCAAAAGAAGAAUAA